AUGCUCAGCGCGAGGCGAUUGCCCGACCGCGAGUCCCGACAGCCCGGGGGGGGUGGGGGGGUUCGCCGUGGCGGUCAGUCAUGGCGCUCCCCGGCCGUGCCCGCUGAGUCAGCCGACCCUGAUGGGGGGAGCGAGGUGCCUAAGGAGCUUUUGGCCUACGCCCCAAGCCCCGCCCAACACAUCUCCGCCGAUCCCCAUGCCAAGCCCCGGCUGGCGGAAAAAUGUCGGAGGGUUCAACUCGCUGCAAGCACGCCACACGCGCCCCGCCAAGACCCCGCCAAGACCCCGCCAAGCCAAUAUUCCUCUUCUUGGCGCGGGUCCUCUGGCCGGCAGGUCGAUGGCUACUCGCCCGCCCUGGUGGCCCCAGGGGCGAUCGUCAGGCUGUGCCCGUCGUCGUCGUCGUCGUCGUCGUCGUCUCCGCGGACUGCGCGGCUGCGACCGUCCAUGUAG